AACAAACGGCUGCACCGCGCGGACCAAUCAAAACGUCGGAUUUCUCGCCUUUUAAGUACAGUCGAACAGACCGGGACCACACAAAUUCAGUGUACAAUAUUUUCUCAACAACAAGAUCAACACACCCAGCAAGAUGAGCAGCAUGCCUAUCGCCAACAACACGGACAGUGUCAUAGACAGACUGACCUCCCUGGAGCAGACCCUUGACCAGAUCUACCUGGUCAUCAUGGGCAUUCUGGUCUUACUGAUGCAAUGCGGCUUCGCUUUCCUUGAGGCUGGCAGUGUCAGAAGUAAGAACACGAGCAACAUCCUCAUUAAGAACCUGUUUGAUUCCUUCUUGUCUGGAAUCGCCUACUGGACAGUCGGCUACGCCUUCGCCUACGGACCUGGAAACAGCUUCAUCGGCUGGCACUACUUCUCGUCGUCAGAGCUCACAGACAGCGAUCUGGCUUUCUUCUUCUUCCAGUUUGUCUUCGCGGCAACGGCGGCCACCAUCGUGUCAGGGGCGUUGGCUGAGAGGUGUGAUUUCAUCGCUUACCUCAUCUACAGCUUCCUUAUUACAGCGUUCAUCUACCCCGUGGUGACCCACUGGGCGUGGUUCCACGAAGGCUGGCUGGCCCAGGGCAUGGUGUACGAGAUCAACGGACAGAACGUCACCAUCAACUACCACGACUUUGCCGGAAGUGGCGUCGUCCAUUGUGUCGGGGGCUCCGCAGCCUUUUUUGGGGCGCUUAUCCUAGGGCCUCGUAUUGGGCGGUUCCACAAGGAAACUGGCACGACCAUCAACCUACGCGGACACUCGGUCCCUUUCGCUGCCCUGGGUGGAUUUAUCCUGGUGUUCGGGUUCAUGGCGUUUAACGGUGGGUCUCAGCUGACCAUCUCAAAGCCCGGGGACGGGGCCAAGAUUAGCCUGGCUAUCGUCAACACCGUCAUCUCCGGGAGUACGGCUGCCUUCGCCACUUUACUCAUCCAUAAGAUAGGAAUACUGGGAAAACACUGGAGUCUGUUGAACACACUCAAUGGUGCAUUGGCUGGCAUGGUCGCCGUGUGUGCCGGAUGUGACCUCAUCCGACCUUGGGGCGCCACCAUCGUUGGCGCCAUCGCGUGCGUGUCCUUCAACUUUACGUCAUGGCUUAUUAACAAGGCCAAGAUUGAUGACCCCGUAGAUGCUGUUGCAGUUCACUUUGGCGGCGGUUCUUGGGGCGUCAUUGCCGUUGCGUUUCUCCGAUACGAUGAUGGAAUCUUAAUGAGCUGGGACAGGCAGUCGGGUCUGUUCCUGGCCUGGCAGCUGGUUGGCCUCUCGGCCAUCAUCGCCUGGUCCGGUGGCCUCUGUUUUAUUUGUUUCAUGGCCAUGCGUCUUCUGGGAAUCUUGCGGGUCUCUGAGGAAAUGGAAAUCAAAGGUUUGGAUAUACCUAAACAUAACGAGCCCGCAUACCCCCUCGAGUCAUACGGCCAUGGUUACCUGGAGAAGAUUGUUACAAUUCUAGAGGAUGGGCAGUUGUCUUCCCUUCAUCAAGGUUACCUCAAUGGGGGAUUUACUAAAGAUCUUGGACCUUAUGAAUCUCCGGAGGUCAAGAUCAUGGGAACCAACGAGGUGAGAAUGAUCUUGUCCCUGGACCAGCCCUUGUCCACUAGAGCCCUCGGCUACAUCCCCAACAAUAACAGGGAGCCGAUCACCUUUGAUGGAACAGCCGAAAGAACAGCCUUGUAAAUUGAUGUAUAUAACUGCGCGUAACAUAAACGGAACAGCCAAAAGACCAAAUAGUUUUGUGCUUGUUCAGAUCCGGAAAUCAU